AUGUUCCUGUCUGGGUGGAGCAGCUCUUUCAGGUGGAAGUUGUUGAACGCGAGCCCGUUUUCCAGGAGCUUCUUGUCAGCAUCCAAAGCACUGACGAGGCCCAGAAUACUGUCCUCACCUCUGGGGCUGAGCAGAACAGAACCAGGAGCCAAACCAGGAGCAGUGCCAGAAGCAGUGCCAGGUGCAGUGCCAGGAGCGAAACCAGGAGCAGUGCCAGAAGCAGUGCCAGGAGAGGAACCAGGAGCAGUGCCAGGGGCAGAUCCAGGAGCAGAUCCAGCCAGGAGCAGUGCCAGGAGCAGUGCCAGGAGCGGAACCAGGAGCAGAUCCAGCCAGGAGCAGUGCCAGGAGCAGUGCCAGGAGCAGAACCAGGAGCAAUGCCAGGAGCAAUGCCAGGAGCUGAACCAGGAGCGGAACCAGGAGCAGAACGAGGAGCAGUGCCAGGAGCAGUGCCAGGAGCGGAACCAGGAUCAGAACCAGGAGUGGAACCAGGAACAGUAGGCAGCCACAGUACAGCACCUGGGCACCAGCUCCAGACCAGUGCCUUUGCUGAUGGGCACUGACUGCAGAAUUAAGCAUAAACAGGGUUAGGAAACCCACAGUAAGACACAGAAAGCCCCAACCAGGAAUCAAACCCAGGACUCAGUGCUAAACACUGAGCCACUGUCAACACAAAUCAUUUACACUUUUCUUACAAUUUACUUUUAGAUUAAAUAAAAUUUGAGCUGUAUAUCUCUAAAUGUACAGUCUGUUGUUGGUGUGCAGUCUGUUCUAUUUACACAUUAGUCAGAGCAAACAAACACUUUCAACUUUUUAUUUCAGAGUCGUUGUAAUCUGAGAAAAGCAGGUGGUUAAUGGUUUGUAUGUUACAUCAGCUCUGAACAGAGAAAGCUUAUAGACAGGUAGACAGGUAGAGACAGGUAGAGACAGGUAAUACCCUGCACCACAGCCCACGCCUGGGAUAUACACACUAUGACUCAAACGGUCUCAAACAGACAUCAUGUACUUUAUACUUUAUAUGUGCAGUUUCAUCCAGAUAGCUGUUCCUGUGUGUGGUUGUACCUGCGAUCAGGGUCAGUAUAAAGCUGCGAGCUACGAUGAUGGCCCUCGCAGUCCGCACUUAUGUGCUGCUGUUGCGUUAUGUGCCAGAGUAUCAUGUGUAGAUCAUAAAACUUGCACAUAAAUCGGACGAUGAUUGCCACAAGUCUUACUUCCUGUUGCCAGCAGGUGGCGCUAUGACUCUGCUAUUCAAAAUGGCCGACUUCCUGUUGGGAUAUGGCAUUUUUCCAUUAGCAUUUAACAUCUCACCCAUAUAUUUUCCAUGUAUAUAGAGCAUACAAAUACUUCACAACAGGGAUCAAACACAUAAAUAGACAAAAAUUCAUAAAUAAACACAAAACUCAGUAGACUCGAAAUGAGUCAGUUUUUUUUCUCUCCUGGUGAAGGAUAACCCCGAACACAAUCUUGAACAAUGAACCCUCAAAAUAUGUAGCAAGAACCAAGGGGAUCCAUAUGAGACAUUGUUUUUCACCAAAUAAAGUCUGUUCUCAAUGGUGUUACAAAA